AUGGCCACCCACCGCUUCAACCCCGAGUUCACGGACAAUGUCAUCAAUGCGAUGGGUCCGAAGACGACGCCGCGCAUGCGCAAGCUCAUGUCCGGCUUGAUCAGACAUAUGCACGACUUUGCGCGCGAGGAGGAACUCACUGUCGAUGAGUGGAUGGCUGGUGUGCAAAUGCUGAAUUGGGCUGGACAAAUGAGCGACAACAAGCGUAACGAAGGGCAGUUGGUUUGUGAUGUGUUCGGUCUGGAAACACUGGUGGAUGAGAUUACAUUCACACUUGCGAAUGAAGCAAAGGAUGCGCCCACAGCGACCGCCAUUCUGGGGCCAUUCUUCCGUGCCGAUACGCCGUGGCGCGAACUUGGUGAGGAUAUCGUGAAGACAAGGCCUGCGGACGCAGAGCUGGUGUUCAUGCACGGUCAGGUGUUGGACUUUAAGACCAAAGAGCCUUUGGCUGGUGCUUCGGUGGAGGUGUGGCAAGCCUCUACCAAUGGAUUGUAUGAGCAGCAGGAUCCUGAGCAAGUCGAGUUCAAUCUGCGUGGCAAGUUCAAGACAAAUCAGGAGGGCAAGUACUGGUUCUACUGCUUGCGUCCGACUCCGUACCCUGUCCCCAACGAUGGUCCCGCUGGCAAGAUCCUCGAGUUGAUGGACCGCCACCCAUUCCGUCCUGCUCAUAUUCACAUCCUGGCCACAAAGGAAGAUUACCGUCCAUUGACCACUCAGAUCUUUGAUCGCAAGGACAAGUAUCUUGACAAUGACUCGGUAUUCGCGGUUAAAGACUCCCUGGUUGUGGACUUCGUGUCGCGCCAGGAUGAUCCUCAAGCCCAAAUCGAGCUUGAGUACGAUAUCAAAUUGGUGGCGGACGCACCAAAAACCAACGGGGCAUAA